AGGAAAUGGUUCACUUUAGCCGGAAACUAAAACUGUCGAGACACGUUUGGGUCCAAAUUCACCCGGGCAGGACGAGCAGCGCAAUUUCUUUUCCCCUAAAACGUCUCCACGCAGCUCAAACUUGUUCUUCGUCAUGGCUGACACGCUGAGGAUUGUCCUGCUGGGGAAAACUGGAUGUGGGAAGAGCAGCCUGGCCAACACCAUCUUGGGGAAGGACGUUUUCGAAGUGAAGAACUUCACCAGCUCAGCGGUCACUCACUGCCAGUCAGAGACCCAACGAGUCCACGGCAGGAGCCUCACUGUGGUCGACACGCCCGGCUUCUUUCACUCUGGACUGUCUGAGAAGGAGCAGAAGCGUGAGAUAGAGAGGUGUACCUCAGAGUGCGCUCCUGGGCCCCAUGCCUUUCUCAUCGUGCUCAAAGUGGAGAAAUUCACAGAGCAGGAGAGACAGGUCGUCAGAAUCGUACAGGAAUGUUUCUCUGCGGAGGCCUUUAAGUAUUCCGCUGUUGUUUUCACACAUGGCGACCAGUUGGCGGAAGGCACGAAGAUAGAGGAGUUUAUUAGAAAGAACCAGCAGCUGAAAGAUCUGGUGGAGAAGUGUGGAGGGAGAUGCCACGUCGUGGAUAACAAAUACUGGAAAAACAAACAGGACGAGGUCAGAAACAACCAGUUCCAGGUGGAGCAGCUGCUGAACACCGUCAGGAAAAUGGUGACGGAAAACCAUGGCGGCUGCUACAGCACAAAAAUGCUGCAAGACUGGCAGAAACGGAACCAGCAACCCGUAGUCCACCGUUUAUUUCAGACUGUUAUAAAAUAUAUAAGACCGAAGCCUGUGUUAAUUUUCUGUGUGAUAAUUUUAGGUAUAAUUACAUGGAAAAGAUGGGGAGUACAUCCUACAGAAAUCAAUUAGGACCAGAUAAUUGAAUUGGACUGAUUACAGAAUCUCUACCGGCGGUCUGAAACUGACAGCAGCUCCAUCAUGAUUUGCUGCUCUGAAUGUUUCUCUACGAGUAAAAAUCAACAUCUUUAGUCCCACUGACAUUGUUAUCCUAUUUCUGACCAAAUAUCUGCAAUAUUACGGAUUUUAUAAUCUGUAAUAUUGCAUAAUUUUUACUUAUUAAUUUAAACUCUGUUGUUAGAGUUAGGCUUUUCCCUUCUCAUGAACAGUAGUUCCUGUUAGACUUUAGCAUCACUCUGUCAUGUUUCUCUGUGAUUUUUAGUUUUUUUUUUCCCAUGAUCCCCCUGCUUUAUGCUUUUCUCCAGCUGUUAGUGAAUGGACCGGUGAGCUGGAUCAGAGCUCACCGGUCCAUUCACUUGUAGCAAAAAACCAAGCAUCAGAUGGACAAUAAAAGUGCACUAUGUGA